UGGAGGGAAGUGCCCUGUUUCGGGAAGGCGGAGGCGUGUGGAAAAAGGGUUGCAGAGGUAUCAUCAUCUAAGCCUGCAGAAGGGAGUCAUUGCCACGUGCAGCCUGUUUGGAGGAAAGCUGCAGUACUGGGGGCUGAGGGUGAGAUGUAGGGUUCGCCAUCAAGUUGCCCAAUUCACAGGUGCCAUUUGUAGAAUCCAGGCAACGCAGAGCUCCUUUGUGUGCCGGGUUCUCUGCCAGGCCUCCACUGUAUGAGAAUGAAUCGGCACAGACUGAAAUUCUGUGUGUGUUGCAGGUUUCCACUUCAUGAUAAAGAGAGACUUGAGAAAUGGCUACGGAAUAUGAAACGAGAUGCAUGGACUCCAAGCAAGCACCAGCUUCUCUGCAGUGAUCAUUUCACUCCUGAUUCCCUUGAUGUGCGAUGGGGCAUACGAUACUUGAAGCAUACUGCUGUACCAACAAUUUUCUCCUCCCCAAAUGAUGAGGAAAAAGACUCUUCUCAGCACAACCCACAACAGAUGAAGAGAGAAGAUCAGGAAGAAGCAAAUGCAAAUGUAGAAUCAGAUAAAGUAUCUGUAUCACUUGAACCUUGUACACCAAAGAAAAAUCUUGGAAUUGCAGAAAAUAUAGAUGAAAAAGCAGAAGUAGUUUGCUCAACUGUAUUGAAUAAACCUCUGCAAAUGGGAAAACUACAAUUUCAAAACAAAGAAGACUUUCAAGCAGACAAUGUAAUUCUUGAUAAUUCGUCUAAACAACAUAUACAUCAAUCUACACCCAUUUUAAUGGCAGCAGUGGUCCAGAACAUGGAGUCUACCAGUGCUCAUAAUUCUGUAGAGAAUCCAGUAAGUUGUACCACUUCAGUCUUGCAACUUACAGACCCUGGCUACUUGAAUUCACCUCUGAAAUUGAAAAAUGCUUUAAGUUCAAUUACUGACUAUCCAACUGAAAAUCCUAAUUCUCAUAUUGCAGGCUGUUCUGUUGAAGUGCAGCCAACAAGCGAAAAUGCCAUUUUAGUCAGUACAGUCACACAAACUGUUGAACAGUUUAAUGGAAGUGAAGAAUCUGUAAUUGCUAUCAUUGUACCAGCUGAGAGUCCUAAAGAGCCUGAAAUAGUAAACAGCUCUUUCCUGCCUAUUAAGCAAGAGUUUCUUGACAUGGAAGAAACAGAAAAAUCUGCAUAUACAAAUGCGUAUAGUGGAAUUGAAGUGUUACAAACUGAACAUUCAUACUGCAAACAAGACGUAGACAGAGAUCACCUUUGGCAAAAAAUUUUGAAACUCCACUCUAAGAUAACUCUACUUGAAAUGCAAGAGAUUAAAACUUUGGGGAGACUCAGAUCCUUAGAAGCUCUCAUUGGACAAUUGAAGCAAGAAAACCUACUUUCUGAAGAAAAGCUCAAGAUUGUAGAAGACUGUUUCACAACACUUGAAGUGACUAUGAUACAGUAAACGCUUUAAAUAACUGUUGUAAAAUACCUUUUUUUAGCCUCUCUGAUUGUCCUUUUGUACAAAUUAACUUUUGUUUCUUGUAUGGUAUUUUAAAGAUCUAAUGUAAAUUGUGUGAAUAACAAACAUUCUUAAAAGUGAAGCACUACCAAAGUUAAGUGAUAGAAUGUUGCCCUUAAAACACGACCUGCAAGUAAGCUUAAAAAAAAAAAAAAGAAAAAAGAAAAAAGUUUUGUUACAGUACCUAAAGUGGAUAAAUAAGUUAAACAUUUCCAGAUGCAAACUUCCUGAAACAUGUGAGCCUAGCAUUCAGUGCAGCAUCAGAAGAGAUAGUAUUACUGUGUAGGAUGAAUAAUUUUAAAACAGUUAUAAAAUACUGCGUCCCAGCUCUCUCAGAUGAGUGAGGAAGUAUGUAAUACACCUUUUUCAGAGAGGCCACAAUUGCUCCUUAGACUUAAUUUAGCAUUCAUUCCAAUACCUUUUUGUACACUUUGACCUUAUUAAAAAUUUUUCUGCUAUAAAA